UAUCCCUAUGAUGGAAGCAGUAUCCAUGAGACAGCUUUGCGUUCUAGUGAUAACCACAUUAUCUUUCAUCAGCGCCGACGACGCCUCCAUGAAUGCAACCGACACCAUAUUGUCUACAUCUUUCGAAGACGAGCUCAAAUCGGACUUCGAUUCCGAUGUUGAUGAUGCAGAAUCCGAAUGGGCUUGGUAUCCUCUGAAGUGGACAUGGUGGCUCAUCAUCCGAGUCAUCUUCGCUGUCCUCGGCAUCAUCGGCAACGGUGUCGUGAUAGUGAUCAUCUACCAGCGUUACAGUACCAUCCGGUCAACGGACGUCUUCAUCGGAGGUCUUGCCAUUGCUGAUUUCUUGACGUCCAUGUUCCUCGUCCCGAUUCCUUAUGCAAGAAGAGUCCCUCCGACAACCCUAGGGAGCAUAUACUGCAAGGUCUUGUACCCUUCCUUGUUCUUCUGGCUCUGUAUCGUAGCCUCAACCUACAUCCUCAUGACGAUGUGCAUUGAGCGAUACAUCGCUGUGGUGUUCCCUCUGUACUUCAACCGCGUUGCCAGCAAGCAGAAAGCCAAUGUAUGCGUCCUCUGUAUCUGGUUGGUGAGCUUCCUGCAGUGUCUCUACACGCUCUUUGUUUACAUCUAUGAUGACCAAAUCGGCUACUGCGGGACUACUAUCAAGAGUGUGGCCGGCAAUACAGCCAGGGGAUACUACGCCUUUCUUACCCGGCUGGUCAUUCCUGUUCUAAUAAUGAUUGCCACCCAGGUCAUGAUCGCAAGGUCACUCCAUCUGCAAGGCAAGCAGUUUCAGACGAUGGUCGGCGGCAACAGUAGCACGAAGAUGUCAUUCCACCUGGUCGCUAGGAACCGUGUCAUCAAGAUGAUGUUGAUAGUCGUCCUGGUGUAUCUCUUCACUUGGACACCCAACCAGAUUGCGUACUUCUGCUUCAACCUCGGUUACAUCAGCGCAUCAUAUCGUGGGAGUUCCCUUCAGAACAUCUUGACUGUUCUAGGGUUCAUCAACUCCUUCGCCAACCCCUUCAUCUAUGCCGCAAGGAGCCCAGACUUCCGUCAGGCAGUUAAGGGGCUUUUUAGUUGUUCCCAUGUCGAGAUCGAGCCUCUCUUUAGCGGAACAAGCACAAAGGAAACAGUUGAAUCUAGAAAUGGCACCGACAAUUCGAAUAAGAUUUCUAAACGAGAAAGCACAAAUACGGUCUAAAACCAAACCGGAUCUCUAAUCUUUUACGGUCACGGUUAGAUUCUCCUAUCAUGCCUAUAGAGUGUGUAAACGAUAAUGCUAAAAUAAGUUAAAUGACUGAUUCGCUUAGAUUAUUGGAACAAAUUUUAUGACUGUUGAGUACGAUUUAUAAACUUGAGAGAGGACAAAUACCAUGAAUACGGUCGAAGACCAUUGAAGCCGGUAUAUGUUCUGUAUUUUAUCGUGUUUAGAUUCUCGCAGAGCCUGUAAUCUGCGAUGUUAAACAUAAUUAGUUAAAAAAUUAGAUUUCCAAGAUUAAAAAACAAGUUUGAUGACAGUGCAAUCAGUACAAUGGCCAUGUACAUUAUAUACAUUAUAAAACUUAAACAAAAACUCGCUGCCAUCAACAUUAGAUUUUAUUCAAAUCGUUCAAAUUAUAAGAAUUGAUAAAUGACCCGAAAUUAGAAGGAAAAUACAGGUGUUAUCUGUAAAGUUUCCAUCACAUACAUGAAAGUCAGCCAUAUCUUUUGCAAUAAGGUCUCUUUAACAUUGUAGACAUGAUGAAAAUAUUUAAAGUCAGAGAAUGGCCGUCUCUUGGAUGAUCAUCGUUCAUACAAUACAUGAGCCGAAAUGGGCGAACUCCAGUGAUAGAUUACAUGUUUUUAUCCAUUCUGUAUCGUAUACGACAAAGGACAAUCACAUAGAAUUUACAUCAGGGUUGGAUACCAGGAUCUCCUCUAAUAAAGAGAUGUGAUUUAUCCAACCAAUCGUAAGUCCAUCGGUAACAUAAGUUUUAGUACAGUGAACUUGCAAAACUGUUUUGUGAACAAAGGCGAACACAUCAAAUUGUCAAGAAAAUAAUGAAUGUACAGUAUACAAAUAUACAAUGACACUCGAGGAUCUGGCUAAAACUAUCGCAUCGA